ACUAUAAUGGAUAUGGAAAACUCUAAUCACUCCUUGAACAUUACUAUGGACGAUUUACAAUUACUAAAUGAAUGUUGCCAUGAGGAUUUUGAUUACUAUAUUUUACUGUAUGUGAUUAAAUUGAUAUCCAUAACUUUUUUCAGCAUUACAUUCAUCUUAGGAAUUGUGGGUAACGGUUUGGUGAUUUGGAUCGCUGGUUUCAAGAUGAAGAAGAAUGUUAAUACAAUAUGGUUUCUCAAUCUUGGUGCAGCUGAUUUUAUAUUUGAUGCCUUUCUUCCAUUUUCUAUAACUAAUGUGGGUUUGGAUUAUCAAUGGCCCUUUGGUCAGAUAAUGUGCAAAUUAAUGUCUACUGCCCUUUUCUUAAACAUGUCAGUCAGUACCUCUUUCUUAAUGAUCAUCAGUUUGGAUCGAUGUACGUCUGUUCUGUGUCCAGUAUGGUCAAAAAAUCAUAGGACUUCCAGGCUAGCUUAUAUCAUUUCAAUAGCUAUUUGGCUGAUGUGCUUUGUCCUCAGCUCUCCAAAUGUUGUAUUUUUUAAUACAGAAUAUGAUGACAGUAACAAUGUAUCUUACUGUCUUGGAACAUAUGUAGCCGCCUGGGAAAACACAACACAGAUUGAUUACCCAACAUUUAGAUUAAGAUAUAGUGCGAUGUUCAUUACCAGAUUUGUAUCAAUGUUUUUAAUCCCAUUCUCUAUUAUCAUUGUUUGCUACAGUCUAAUUGCAUUUAAGGUAAGAAAAAGGAGAAAUCUUUCAGGGUCUGGUCGAAUCUUUAAGGUUAUCAUUGCUAUUGUACUUAGUUUUUUCUUCUGCUGGUUUCCUUACCAUAUUUUCCCCUUCAUUAAUGUUGUGAAGUUUUAUGGAUAUAUAGUAUCUAUAAUAAUGCAAACUAUUUUCACAGGCUUGGCUUAUUUCAAUAGCUGCCUUAAUCCAUUGCUGUAUGUUUUCGUUGGUCGAGAUUUCAAGCUCAGUUUAAUUAAAUCAAUUCCAUUUCUUCUAGAGAGCACAUUCAAAGAUAAAUCUGACAUUGAUGAUAAUAAGUAUGAUCAGUCCACAAUUCAUACAAAAUUCAACCUUGGGCAUCAGUAAUCAAAAUAAUAUCAUAAUUAAUUAAUUAAUACAAUGGCUCACACAUAGGUCAUGACCAAAUAGGUAAACUUUAUUCAUAUAUAUAUAUAACAAAAUAGAGCAGUAAGUCCAGCACUUUCUUAGGUAACCCUUCACUGGGUAUGGCUUAUCACAGGUUUACCUUUGCAGUGCACGUUUGCCUAGGAGGCCUGCCAUACUCCCAUAUAUAAUUCCAAAAGUAGACAAUGA